AUGUUAGCGUUCACCUUCUAUGCUUGUGCAGAGUGGGUACAUAAUCAAGGUUGUAAACCUUCACCUUCGUUCUGUGUCAAGAAUUCUGUGGUCUUAGAAGAAACUAUUUUGGAUCAUCCAACUGUGCCAGAUAUAUUGCGCCAUAUUCUCUAUAAUCAGGUAAAUAAUAGACCUUAUUUUACACCAUCUACUUCACGAACGCUAAUAGAUCUUAUAUUUUCAAGUGCAAUAUCUAGCAAUGCAGGAAUUUUAAUGUCUUGCAAGUAUAAAAAAACAUAUGACCUAUCUGACUGCUGUAUUGAAUUUGAUGAACCUCCGGUGCAACCUGUCAAAGUUGAUGAAAUCAAAGCUAAUCCUAAAGACAAACCACGUCAACUGCCUUCAUGUUUUCAAGAUAAUUUGCAAACAGGUUCCUUCAAGAAAAUUUUUUCUAACCUAAGUUUGUUGAAACAACUACUUGGAAAUCCUGACUGCCAGAAUUCUUUGCUGGAACCAUUAAUUUUUAGCUUACGACAGUCACCUUUCAUAUUGAAACGCUUGAGAAGUUGCUUGGCAAAUGGUCUAAAACCAAAUGACACUAAUGUCUGCUUAUAUGAGAAAAUUUAUACAUUACUACUGCAACUGUGGUUUCAAGCUGCUAGGGAUCGUACGUUACUCAAGAAUUUUCCACAAUCAUAUAUAUGGUUGUGUGGUUUCACUUGCCCGAUGUAUGAGGUAAUGAGUAUUACUGGAUUCUAUGAUGCUGUUAUAUGGACUGGGCGUUUUCUGACUGCUUAUGAGAAUAUGUUAAGGUCAUCAAUUUUUAACUCACCGCACUGGUACCUACAAAUGAUUACGGAUGCAGUGAUUGCUAUAAUAGAUCGAUCAGGAAAAGGUAGUCAACAGGAUAUAUCAUCUGAUCAACUGGAUGAAUUGCUUUGUAGUUGUAUGGCUGCAAUUGUCAGACCAUUUCAUGCUCUCAGAAUUGAAGAUCACGAAGUUUAUGCUGAAAUGUCUCGAGCGAUUAAAGUCCCUUUAGAAUCAAUUGUAUCACAUCUUUCAAGUUGUUUAGUUAUAAAAGAUAGUUCAAGUACAAAUAUCAAAGAAAAGAAAAGAAAAACGACAGAACCAACAAGUACGACAACUAUACAUUUUAGACUAAAAGAGUUCAUAGUUCAUCAUCUUAUAUUUCCAAUGGUUAGAGCAUGUGACAAAUGGCAAUGGGACAAGCAAAGUUGGGAAUAA